CCCAGGGGCCAUAGCACCCUGUGAGACAGCUAGCACUCCUCCGUUAUUAAGUGACUUUAUCCAGGGUCUUUUCUCCUUGUUAUGUUUGGAAAAACUUCUUUUUGGAAGCACUUUAGAAGAUUAUAACAUCCUGCAGCUCAGCUUCUGAGAGCUAGCCUGAUUUCUCUUUCUACUCAAAACACAUUGCUUCCUGCAUUUCUGAAGAUCUCAAGAUCUGGACUACAUCGGAGAAAUUUUCAGGGAGAGAUGGCCAAUGAAUGCUGGAAGAUUAUUCUGAUUAAAGGAUUAGAAGAAAUCAAUGAUGACCAGUUUAAAAUGGUCAAGUUCUUACUGACAGAUCCAUUAAAACUGACUUCAAAAAUGCAAGAUGAAUGUGGCAAAGUUCAAUUUGCUAACCUGAUGAUAAAGAAGUUCCCGGAAGAUGCUGGUGUGGACAAACUGAUGAAACUCUGCAAAGAAAUAGCAUCACUUCAAGCCUUUGUUGAAAUUCUUAAAAGAGAAAAGGCAAAAGUUAUGAAAAGGAGAUCCACACCAGCAAAAGGAAAACCCCCCUCAAAAAAGAACAAGCAGGACGAAGACAGUCCUGCUGCACCUGUACCCAGCACAAGCAACACUGUCACGUCUGAGGGAGCAGAGGUGACUCCUGGACCUCAGGAAGAAGAUGUCCAAGGAGCAGACUCAGCCUCCCUGUCCCACAGGAGUGGACAUGCCCACAGCCAUCAGCCAUCCCUAACCUCCCAGACCUCAUCAGCUCCAGCCAAUAUGCCUUCAAUUGAGAAGCCAAAAACACAGGCCAAGCCUCAAGUAAACACCAGAGCAAAUCAUCUCCAAAAGGGCCCGAUGACAGUGAUGGUACUGAGUACAACAGAGCCGUUCGAAUAUGAGUCCUCGGAAAAGGAGAAGAAAACGAUGUUUCAUGCAACAGUGGCUACAGAGAGAAAAUUCUUUCAUAUGAAGGUUUUAGAUAUCAACUUAAAGACAUACAUAAGCAGAGAUAAAAUCAUUGCUGUAUCAGAUUAUUUGGAAUAUGACCAUCUCCUAGAGGUAAAUGAAGCCUCUUCUGUAUCUGAAGCUGGUCCUGAACAAAAGCUUGAGGUUCCAGUAAACAUCAUAAACAGAGCACAGGAAACCCUGAAGAUUGAUGUUCUUCAAACACAAGCUUCGGGAACUGUUGUCUAUGGAUUAUUCAUGCUACAGAAGAAAACAGUGAAUAAGAACAACACAGUCUAUGAAAUUAAUGAUGAUACAGGAAACAUAGAAGUAGUGGGGAAAGGAAAAUGUCACAAUAUCCCUUGUGAGAAAGGAGAUAAACUGGAACUCAUCUGCUUUCGACUGAGAAAAAAGAACCGGCUGUCACAACUGAUUUCUGAAAUACAUAGUUUCAUUCAGGUAAAGCCAAAAGCAAAGCAAAGGAAAUAUGACUCCAAGACUGUGAAUCUACUCACCGUGCAGAGCAUGGUUGCAAACCCUUCAGUGGCCAGUACAACCCCAGAUGUUACUCAGAGUCAUACCAUGACUCCUCAGAUGCAGUGUGGUUCCCACCCAUUCAGUGGCCAGCACAAUCCCAGCUCUCACUCAAAGGAAUCCCGUGACUCCUCAGAUGCAGAGUGUGGUUCCCAGCCAUUCAGUGGCCAGCACAACCCCAGCUCUCACGCAAAGGAAUCCAAUGACUCCUCAGAUGCAGAGUGUGGUUCCCAGCUGUUCAGUGGCCAGCACAACCCCAGCUCGCAAGCAGAGGCAUGUUACGACUCUUCAGAUGCCUCCAACAACCUCAUCCAGCAGUUUCUUAACUAAGGUCAUCAAGGAGGAGAAUGCCAAAGAACAACCAUUCAAUCUAAACAUCACCUGAAGUCUUCCUCCUAAAAACAUGGAUGGCAUUGAUAAUAAUGUUUAUGGAGUUAAGAUAUAAAUGCAAAUAAAAAAUGUGUGUGUGUGUGUGCGUAUAGGUGAAAUACAACAGUAUGUACACCAGCUAAUAUUCUAGUGAACAGAGUACUAAGGAUGCUUUUUUAUUUUAUACUUUUUACCUUUUUGUAUUAACAUGAGUUUUUGCAUUUAUGGCUUUUAUAAUUUCAAAAAAAAAAAAAACAAACAUUUUUUACAGAUAGAAGGGGGACUUAAAACCCCAUUCUUGGCAAGGUAAAACACCUCCAGAAAAAGGGAAAAACAGAGAAAUAAGUUGAUCAAGGAAGAAUAAAUAUGAUUUAUGUAUCUUACUUUUAAGCCUGCAGCUAAAUUACUUAUCUGAGCAGUUCCUGCUUUUUCUAGAAGCCUGACUUGUAUGCAAGAGAUAUAGCUUGCAAACACCCCUGCUGGGUCUGUAAACAGUCUGAAGAAUAAUGGCCAUAGAGGAAGCUACAUGCAGGGCCCAGGAAGGAACAUAAGCAGACCAUCCCCUGCCCAGUCAACAGUCAAAGCAAAUACCUAUUGUGGGGAUUUGUUUUAGGGCCAGGGCAGAGAUUAAGGGAACUGCUUGAGCCCUGAAGCAUGGGCAGGAGGGUUUGUAGCCUAAUCACAGAGGGAGAUGCUUUCAGGUGGCUAUCAGAAGAAAAUUCUUCUUUUCCACCAAUUCUUCAGAGGAGCCUGAUGCCAUUGGGUCUGCUCCACAGAGAAAUAGAGGGGAAUAACCUCCCCCAAGGAAUCUGUGUGUGUGUAUCCACAGACAGGAAGCUGCCCCACACAAGGCUCAGGUUUUGGAUUUCUCAAGGCUGCUCAGACCCUUGAAGUUAAUGAUUAUAGAUAGAAUAAGACCUAACAUGCUUAUUCAGAAAAACUGCUGAUGUUUUUGUUCCUUUCCUCGGCUUACCCUCUGGGCUAAAAGAGGAAAUCGCCUUCAAUAAAAGCUGAGUGGAACAAACACUCAGGGCCACUUGCUGGAACCCUACAAGCUAGCUGUGGUCCCCUGUGUUCCCACCUUUGAAAACUCUA